UAGCACAGGCUGGCCCCGCCCAUUUCCUCCCCAGCCGGGCCGCUGAGGUGUGACGCUCUCUCCCUUACCUGUUCAUCCCGACAGCUUGUUGAACAGAUAACACGCAGGUGUCAGCAGAGAGGGAGAUAAAGACAGCGCCUGCCAUCAAGAAGCCGAUUAUACUCAAACCUCUGCGGGAUUCAUCCCGUUCUUUAUGUAAUAACUGCCGCGUGAUUUGAGGACGAGAAAACGCGCGCUUAUUCUGAGGAGAACUUGCCCGCGCGCGAGCGAGAUGGUAAAUGUGUGGAAAGUGGAUACCGGCAAAUAAUAUUGACAAUAAAUGCACUUAUUCCCGGAGGAGCUUUACAAGGGCGUAUGAAUUAACGCAGAGAGAGACGUCUGGAUUCUCCUCGGAUGUUUUGGGAGUCCGUUUGUAACGUACUGGUAAAUGUACAGUAGGCUAAAUACAGUAACAUGUUUGGGCUUUUAUGAAAAUAGCUAGUUGAGACCUAAUGCUUUAUGUUAAUACUCAAGAAAGAGUUUAAAAAGAAAGUUAAGUUUGCUUUAUGAGUGUUUAAAGACAAGUUAACUAAUACAUUCAUCUGAAAGAAGUGUUAAAAUCACAUUUAAAUCAAUUCGUAUUGAAAACCUGAGGUUUUGUAUAGCUACAAAUCUUUGUUUCCAAAAUACAAAAGGAUUCUGGAUUUGGAAAGCAUCAUGUCUUCAAUGUCUUCUUGAGACUCCACCUGCCAAAGUAGUCAUCAACCUGAACCUGCAUUAACAUCAGAUCUGAAUUAUGGAUGGUGAUGGAGAGCCUCCGGCUUCAAAUGGUGACUCGAAGCUCCACUCCAGAGGAAGCUUCUCCCUAACAAACUGGCGUUCUUCUUCGAGGACUUUACUGCGAGGAGAGCGAGCUGGGGAGGACGUGAGCCGAAGACUGCUAUCUGUUGUGAACCACCAGGAACGCACAGACUCAGGAGCCAGUCCCACCUCAAAAUCCCUUGAGGUGACCACAGGGUUAGAUGGCACAACAGCAACCACCACUGUGACCACAUCUACUCCGCCUUGCCCCGAAAAAGCCAUGGCAGAGUCAACAGGGCCUGCUGGAGCCCCUCCGGCAUCCGAAUCAGAGGAAAGGGUCUUCGCUGACCAGUCCACAUUUCUCCAGAGACAGUUCAGCGCCAUUCUGCAGCCAGGGGUCAACAAGUUUUCUCUGCGAAUGUUUGGGAGUGCGAAGGGUGUUGCAGCCGAGCAGGAACGGAUCAAGUCAUUUGGGGUUUGGAUUAUACAUCCAUACAGUGACUUCAGGUUCUAUUGGGACUUUGUGAUGCUGUGCCUGAUGAUGGGUAACCUCGUCAUUCUGCCCUGGGGCAUCACCUUCUUCGAGGACCAGAAUACGCUUCCGUGGAUCACCUUCAACGUGGCCUCUGACACUCUCUUCCUGGUUGACCUCGUCCUCAACUUUCGUACCGGCAUUAUGGAAGGUGAUAACUCCCAAAUCAUCCUGGACCCGCAAGUGAUCAGUCGGCGUUACCUGCGAGGCUGGUUUCUGGUGGAUUUCAUCUCCUCUAUUCCAGUGGACUACAUCUUCCUGGUGGUGGAUCUAGAGGCGCGACUUGAGUCGGCAGAGGUGUACCGCACCGCCAGGGCUUUGCGCAUCGUACGCUUCACCAAGAUCCUCAGUCUGCUCAGAUUGCUGCGCUUGUCCAGGCUUAUACGUUACAUUCAUCAGUGGGAAGAGAUCUUCCAUAUGACCUAUGACCUUGCAAGCGCAGUAGUUCGCAUAGUGAAUCUGAUUGGAAUGAUGCUGCUGCUGUGUCACUGGGAUGGCUGCAUGCAGUUCAUGGUGCCCAUGUUGCAAGAUUUCCCGCCAAACUGCUGGGUCGCCAAAAACAACAUGGUGAAUUCCACUUGGGAUGUCCAAUACUCCUAUGCCCUUUUUAUGUCCAUGAGCCAUAUGCUGUGUAUUGGGUACGGUGCUCAGGCACCUGAGGGACCAACUGACGUCUGGCUCACGAUGAUCAGCAUGAUCAUUGGGGCCACCUGCUAUGCCAUGUUCUUGGGGAAUGCCACCAACCUGAUCCAGUCCUUGGAUUCUUCCCAUCGGCAGUAUCAAGAGAAGUACAAACAGGUGGAACAGUACAUGUCCUUUCACAAGCUGCCGGCUGACAUGAGGCAGAGGAUCCACGAUUAUUAUGAGCACCGCUUCCAGGGCAAGAUAUUUGACGAGGAAAAUAUCCUCGAAGAACUCAAUGACCCACUAAAAGAGGAGAUUGUCAACUUUAACUGCCGUGGGCUGGUGGCUAACAUGCCACUCUUUGCAAAUGCGGAUCCUCACUUUGUCACAGUGCUCCUCACAAAGUUGCGCUUCGAGGUCUUUCAGCCGGGUGAUAUGAUCAUCCGUGAAGGGACGCUCGGUCGUAAGAUGUACUUCAUCCAGCAUGGCUGCGUCAGUGUGAUCACUCAUGACAGUAAAGAGAAGAAACUGAAUGACGGCUGCUACUUCGGCGAGAUCUGUCUGCUGACCCGUGGACGCCGUACAGCCAGCGUCAGAGCGGAGACAUACUGCAGACUUUAUUCGCUCAGCGUGGACAGCUUUAAUGAGGUCUUAGAGGAGAACCCAUUAAUGAGGAGGGCGUUUGAGAGCGUAGCGGUGGACCGGCUUGAGCACGAGCGGGAGGGAAACGGUAUUGUGCAUUCACACAAGAGCGUGGAGGAUGACGGGGACUGAUGAACUUUACUGAAUGGAGACUCAACGAAGAUGACUGAAUGUAGAAACAAAUCAUGGUGUAUUAAUGUACAGUUGCAGUGUGGUGUGAUCUAUCUGAUUAAACUAGUUGUUUCUUAUUCUUAAUUUGAUAAAGCAAUGUAUAGGAACAUAAAAAUAAAGAAUACAGGUCCUGUAGAUAAUCUUGAGAUACGCGAUCCUUGUAAUUCAUUUCAGGCAGAAACCAUUAGUUUAGCAGGGACCUUGAUAUAUGUGGUAAAAAAAAAAAAAAAUUAUGCAGCAAUAUAUAUUAUAAUACAAGAACAUUAAAUAUACAGUCAAUUUAAAUAAAAAUAGCACAAGCACAUAUCCUAAUGUUAAAAAAAGUUGGUUUUAUUAUUUCUAAAUUUCUACUAAGCUUAGUCAAGGAAUUGCUUGUAAAGUUUGCAUUUAGCAAAAUAUCUCCCAAGGUGCUUUUGAAUAUGUUAACUCUCAGUACAACUCGUGUUUAACUCUUUAAUUCUGAUGUCUUUGAAAUUGCUUUAAUUUUAAAACCUCCAGACUGCCACCAGCAUUUAACAGUGUUGCACUUAUCCACUCAUCCUUUUGUUAUCAUCGUGCUGCUGGUGGAAGGUUUCUGGAUGUAUCAGUGAUUAUAAUCAAAUCUAAUCAAAUCGAGGUAACCAAUGCAAAAAAGUUGAAAAGAAUACUUUCUAUAAGUUGUUUUAUAAAACAAUAAUAUACUGAAUUCUGUCUGCUUUCCAGAUCAACAUCGAGCAAUUAAGAAUGAUGCACUAUAAGAAAAGAUAUCUGGUAACUGAAAGGCACGGAUGAGCUGGGACAUCUGCCCAUUGUCCUCUUAACUUCAAAUUAAAGUAUUAAACAAUAUGAGUCACAUAAUCGCUGAUUAAACUUAUUUCCGUUUGGCCUGAGCCCUUACUUAUCUGUGAUAAUCGGUUAUGACCAAAAUAACCCUUUGAGAGAAGGUUGUUUUGACGUGCUUUUGAGGAAAAUAUUUACUUGGGAGCAAGCGAUAUAUUCAUUUCAAAUGAUAUUUUCUUAGUAACAUUUCUACUCUUCUCUGUGGUUGGAAAUAAAAAUGGAUAUAUUACCCCACAUAAUGUGUGAUAUUCUAAAGAUGAGGAGUAUUAUGGAAAAACAACUGAGAUUUUUAAUUUAAAUGUGAUUUGAUGUGUUUCAUAUGCCACUAUAUUAUUAAAGUAUGUUAUUAACUGUUGAAUACAGUUGCUGUGCAUGAGUCUACAUACAGUUUACCAGCAUAAUGUGUGAUUAUUAUUUCCUGGGAAUGACCAUUUUCUUUAUUUAAUUGUGUUACACUUCAUACCAAAUAAAGUGGUUUGUAAACUUUG